AUCUCUCUUCUGUAGUCAGAGCGCCUAGUUCUAAAACUUGCGUUACAAUUGGCGAGCUAGCCAGGAGCCUGGAUGUGUGAAUGUUUUUUUUUUUCUGUUUCAUUUAUCAUGGAUGCUAUUGCUAAUGCAGGCAUCAAUGUAUCUACAUCCGUUCUGAUUACAGGCGUCACUAACACAAAAGCUGAUGACGAAGUACUAGACUGUCUACGCAGUUAUGGUAAACUUAAACGCACCUUUUACGUAAAUGAUCCUGACAGUUCCUUUUAUAAAAACCUGAUCGCAGAAUUUACAGAUGCAGCCGCAUUCUCUGCCUUAGAACCGUUAUUGCCAUAUAAAUACACAUCACAAACUACUGCUAACCUCGUGUACAGUGUCACUGCAUUAGUAACAGAGUACGCCGCCACAGCAAGCAGCAGUGGUCACCCUCCAGAUUACCUAACUGAACUGAAAAAACUGGCAGACCGGAGUGGCUGCAGUUUUGAAGAAGUCCUGAAGACAGUGAUGACCCAGAUUGGGCAGCACCUGAAUGCAGCAGGAGGAGAUGACACCCGAAUUAAAAGUGACCCGGAGGAGGACGACGGUGACGAGGAUGAGGAUGAAGAUGAAGAUGAGGAAGAGGAUGAGGAGGGGGAUUAUGGCCCCUCAGCAUAGUCUAUCCCAAGAGCACCACACUCGCCAUCCAUUCCCAUCCAACCCAGUGCUGUUCGGCAUGGGUCACGUCACCGGGCGGAACACCUCAACGGAUUUCCCUGACAACAAAUCAACUGAACCCACCACAAGUCCAGAAGGUGGUUGUGGAACACGUGGUUCGGAACACGGACAUCUCUGCCUCAGCACUGCGUCCUCGUCCUUUCUCAGGAAGAAUCCCAAGGCCAAGUAAUGAGGUGGACUACGAAACAUGGCGAUCUCAAAUAAAUCUUCUUCUUGCCGAUUCCAGCAUUUCAGCCAUUGGUGUUGCAAGAAGAAUCAUGGAGAGCUUAACAUCACCUGCUGCUGACGUGGUGAAAAGUCUUGAUCCAGAUACAUCACCUGCAGAUUUAAUGAGUGUGCUUGAUUCAGCCUUUGGGACCGUGCAAGAUGGAGAAGAGCUCUUCGCCCAAUUCCUGAACACCCUUCAAAACCCGGGUGAGCGGCCAUCAGCGUACCUCCAAAGACUACAGCAUACCAUCUGCUCAGUUGUUAAACAAGGUGGUGUCCCUGCAACUGAAGUCGAUAAACACCUACUCAAACAGUUCUGCCGUGGCUGCUGGGACAACGCUUUGAUUACAAAGUUGCAACUGGAGCAACGCAGGAGUAAUCCCCCACCAUUUCCUGACCUGCUGUUCCAACUCAGAACAGAAGAGGACCGACAGACAGCUAAGGAGUCCCUCAUGAAACAGCACAUGAGCACAUCCAAACAGAGGGUCAACAUCCAGUCGCAAAGCGCCUGUGCCUGUGGCCAAAGCCCCCAUGACAAUGAUGAGCUCAAAGACAUGAAACAACAGCUAAAGAGACUACAGCAACAGAUGUCUCAACUUCUGUCAAGGAAACCUGCAACAGAGUCUCAACCCACAGCACGUCAACAUAAAACCAGCCAUCCUUCACCAAAGUCUCCCGGCCGGCCUAAGCCCUGGUAUUGCUUCAACUGCGGUGAAGAUGGCCACAUCUCUUCUGCUUGUGUCAACAAAGCUAACCCUGUUGUGGUUCAACAGAAGAGAAAAAUUCUUCAACAAAAACGAGAAGCAUGGGAUGUAAAGAACAAGCAGACGUUAAACUGAACCCAGCUCCUGCGGUG